AUGGGAUUAUGUUCCAGUAAAUCUGCUCAAACACCUGCUACUAAUAGCAGGACUGAUCAAACUACAAUUACUCAAAGAACAGCUCCUUCACAGCGUGCAGGAACGCAACCACAGACACUUGCUAAGACUCAAAAACAGACAAAACCUGAGAGAAUAAAACCAUCGGCAAAGACUGUUACGAAGACAUCUCAAGCUCAAACCAUAGGCGGUACAAUCGAUGAGAAUAGGGAAAAGUUAUCUCCCCAAGAAGCUGCAAGGUUAGCGGCAGAAAAAAGAUUCCAAGAAUCAAACGAAAAAUCUACAAGAGGUGAACUAGGUAAAAAAUUAGCACAAGAAAGAGCAAAGAGUUCAAGAGCUCAUAUACUACAGGAAGCUGAACAAAAAGAGGCCGAAAACAAUAAUACACCUUUGGUUUAUGACUAA